AUGUCAGACGAAAAAGUGCUGGUUUCAGGUGCUUCUGGUUUUAUUGCACUUCACCUAUUAGACGCUCUUCUUUCUGAAGGUUACCACGUGAUUGGCACUGUCAGAUCGCAAGACAAGGCUGAUCGGAUCUCUAAAUCUUUCAAAAAGCUAUAUCCAUAUUGCAAGCUUGAUCUUGUUAUUGUGCCUGACAUUGGAGCUUCAGGAGCUUUCGACGAGACGUUUAAAAGCAUUCCCGACAUUCAGCAUGUCGUUCAUACAGCGUCACCGUUUUCAUUUGGGCAAGACAAGAGCAUGGAAGAGAGCUUUUUAAUUCCGGCUACUCAAGGGACUAAGAAUAUUUUGGAAUCGACCAAAAAAUAUGGUAAAAGCGUUAAGCGGUUCGUCCUCACAUCUUCGUUUGCGGCUAUCAUUAACAUCGCACAUGCGGGUGAUCGAUCUUUCGUACACACAGAAAAAACCUGGAAUCCAAUUGAAUGGAAAGAGGCCAGGGAGGAUGAGCGUAGCUCUUAUAUGGCAUCCAAGAAGCUCGCGGAGAAGCUUGCUUGGGACUUCUUGGAAGAAAACAAAGGCGAGAUCAAUUUUACAUUAACGACCGUAAACCCACCUUACGUUAUGGGACCGCAAAUGUUUGAUUGGGGUGUUCAGAGAGGCACGCUUAAUACUUCUGCGGAGAUAGUCAGCAAAGCUGUUCAUCUGGCACCAGACUUUGAGGGUCCCUUCGACACUCCGAAGGGCCUUGCCGUCGACGUCCGCGACGUUGCGCUACUCCAUGUUUUACCUCUGCGUAACGAAAAGCUUGCUGGACAAAGAUUGUUCCCGGUAAGCGGAACUGGUCAGAAAAGCAAGGACUAUGAGGAUGGCUCGUGGAAUUUGCAGCGGACGUUAGACAUUUUGAACAAGAAUUUCCCUGAACUUCGAGGAAAGAUUCCUAAAGGAAAAAUCAUCGACAACAAGCCGUACUUGGCAAAUCACAGUUCUUUCAAUAACGACAUUACGACAAAACUGACCGGAGUCGAAUUCAAACCCUUUGAAGAGACAAUUGUCGACUCAGCAAAACAAAUUUUAGAAGUAGGAUCCAGGACAAAAAGCUUAAUCUAA